UUUGACAGCAAUCUGUGUUAUUUUUCGGAAUUUUCCGCCAAACCGGACCUAGCCAACAAGUUUUGAUCGUUUUCACAUUUCUGGUAAUUGGUGUUACUCGAUUAUUUAGUAGUUUUACGCGUUUUCGCAUUUGUUAUCAGUUUUGUCUCGAUUGUUUGAAUCUUCCAAGGGUACGACCCCAAUUGUUUGAAUAAUCUUUAAAACGAUUAUAUCGUAAAAAAGUAAUAGCUGAGCCCGACAUGAAAAUUACGCAUUAGUGAUCGAAUUAUAAAAUCCAAACUCAAUCGGAACCAUGUCAAAGGAUAUUCGUUCAUUCUUCACUUCCGGGCCGAAGGUGAAGAAACCGGAAAUCCCGAAGGAAUCGGUCAAGCGCAAAGCGAUCAUCGAUAGUGACGAUGAGAGUCAGGAAACCCGUCACCAAAAACCAUCUGCUCCGGUGUCCGCGGAGAAAAGUCAUCACACCAAGAAGCGUCGGGUGAUCGAUGAUUCGGAUGAGGAGAAAAGUCCGGUCAAGGCUAAGUCAUCUUCUGGAAGUAAGAAACCGGAUUUAAGUAAGCUGAAACCCGUUAGUGCGGCCGAUGUUUUCGGUUCGGCACCGGUUAAACGGGUUGAAAUUCCCAAACCGAGUAAGAAAGCCGUUCGGGAAGAGAUUGAAAUUCACUCGGAUGAAGAGUUUGAAAAAACUUUGAGAGGGUUGGAUGAGAGUGAUAUUAUUCCGGAAACACCCCCGGUUAAAAAGGAAAAGGAAUCCUCAUCCAAAGAAAAGAAACGCGAUGAUGAUCGGAAGGUCAAGGAAAGUCCUUCGAAUAAGGGAUCUUCUAAAGAUAGCCCUUCGAAGAGCAGUAAACAUGAUGAGAAGAAAUCGAAGGAUAGCUCGUCUAAGGAAAAGAAAGACCGGGACGAUCCAAAAACAAAUGGUCAUGGAUAUGGGGACAGCAAGAAGAAAGUUCCCACUCCGGAGAAACAAAAAUUAGAUCCAUCGCCCGAAAAGCACAAAGAGAAGUCUAGCUCUUCUUCAGAAAAGCUCAAAAAGAUUCCCCCAAGUCCAUCUCCACAGCCCAAGCCGAAGGAAAAACCUAUCAAGAAAGAAUCAGUCAGUAGCGAAGAUUCCAGCACCCCGAGAUCCAAAAAGAAUGAUCUCAACGAAUCUGUCCUCACGGAUGAAGAGCGUUUCGAGCGAAAGAGAGCCUCCGCGGCACUCUACAAAAAGUUCAUGGCUCGCGCUGGUCCUGCCAAUCCGGGCAGCAAAGAAAUACCGGAAGGUAAACCAAACUGUUUGGCCGGGCUGCAGUUUAUCGUAACCGGGGUGCUCGAAUCGAUGGAACGGGACGAAUGUGCCCAAGUCAUAAAAGACCUUGGUGGCAAAGUCGUUUCAAGUGUUUCCAAAAAGCUGACCCACAUGGUCGUAGGCGAUGAUGCUGGACCAGAAGUCAUCGGCCAGCGUCACGAGGGGGAGGAUGUUGACAUCGACAACACUGGAAACGUAUCUUAA